AUUCUUCACCUUUCUCAUACAACAGCACAACGCAGAGAAGCCUUUCAUCCACGCCUCUUAAGCAUCAGCUACGCAGAAUCAGGGUCAAUUCGGGUGUCAGGCUGUUACUUUCAAUUUUUUUUCUCAACUUUGUCAUGUCCACCGCCUAUGGAGCAAGUAGAGAACUAUUGCAGGGUGUUCCGACUGUAACAACCCCUCGGCAGGAGUUUUAUAACAAGGACUUGAAUACGUCAAUACUGAAGUUUGGUUGCUUCAGACCAAAAUUUUGCGUGCCAUCUGGGCUGUGCAAAAGAUUGAAUUCUAGAAGUACAAACAGUAGUCGUGCCCUUUCAAUUUCAAGUAGUAGUUGUGAUGAGAAAACUGAAGGACUCACGUAUAAGGAUGCUGGUGUUGACAUUGAUGCUGGAUCAGAACUUGUUAGAAGAAUUGCCAAGAUGGCACCUGGAAUUGGAGGAUUUGGAGGGCUUUAUCCUCUAGGUGAUUCCUAUCUCGUUGCUGGCACAGAUGGUGUAGGAACAAAACUAAAGCUUGCAUUUGAAAGUGGAAUUCACGAGACUAUUGGGAUUGAUUUGGUUGCAAUGAGUGUUAAUGACAUCGUCACUUCUGGAGCAAAGCCUUUAUUUUUCCUUGAUUACUUUGCUACGAGCCAUCUUGACAUUGAUCUUGCUGAAAAAGUCAUAAAGGGUAUUGUUGACGGUUGCCAACAGUCUGAUUGCACUCUUUUAGGAGGAGAGACUGCAGAAAUGCCAGAUUUCUAUGCACCUGGUGAGUAUGAUCUCAGUGGUUUUGCAGUCGGCAUAGUCAAAAAGGACUCUGUAAUUGAUGGGAAAAACAUCACAGUUGGGGACAUUCUCAUUGGUCUACCAUCUAAUGGAGUCCAUUCAAAUGGAUUUUCUCUAGUCAGAAGGGUUCUCGAGCGAAGUGGUCUUUCUCUCAAUGACCGACUUCCUGGUGGAUCCGUCACACUGGGUAAAGCUUUGAUGGCUCCAACUGUCAUUUAUGUUAAGCAGGUGCUUGACAUAGUUAGCAAAGGAGGAGUUAAAGGUAUAGCCCACAUCACAGGAGGUGGUUUCACAGAUAAUAUACCACGAGUUUUUCCGAGAGGUCUUGGAGCUGCUAUUUAUAAGGACUCUUGGAUAGUUCCUCCCGUUUUCAAUUGGAUUCAAGAGGCCGGAAAAAUAGACGAGGCUGAGAUGAGACGGACUUUUAAUAUGGGGAUUGGAAUGGUUUUAGUCGUCGAUAAGGAGGCUGCACUAAGAAUACUUGGUGAUGGACAGGGGACAAAUACAAUGUACUGCAUCGGUGAGGUUGUAAGUGGUGAUGGAGUGAGCUACCGAUAAUAGGUAAAUGAGAUGUUAUAAAACUACACUCUUAGGAAGAAAUUUGUAUGGGAGAAUUAAGAGCUUGGAGUUACGCUUCCUUUUGACAUGUGUUCCACAAGUUUAAAUGAUCAUAUAACGACUACAAAUUUUGGCUCAACUAAAGGCACUUUAUCAGCUAAACCUUGAGUUUUCAACCCCUCGUACUUCUGUAACUUUUGUUGCCUGUAUGAUGUUGUACUAUGGAGAAUUCUGGUAUGUGUAAGGAUGGUGCAAACAAACACACACCAUUAGAGACAUUUACAUUGACAAAAUUUUUAUAUGGAGUUAGCAGAUGGGAAGAGCAAUACUCAUU